AUGAAAGAUAUUGGUAAACUCACUUACUUUCUUGGCCUCCAAGUACAAUACCAAGACAAUGGGGCCCUGUUUGUGCAUCAAUCUACAUAUGCUCAAGAUCUGAUCAAGAGAGCUGGGAUGGACACUUGCAAACCUUGUUCUACACCAUGUAAGCCUCAUCAACAACUUCUACAUACUGAUGGAGUCCCUUUAUCUUAUCCUACAUUGUAUAGAAGCUUGGUUGGUGCUCUACAGUACUUGACUUUUACAAGGCCAGAUAUUGCCUAUGCUGUCAACACUGUCUGCCAAUUCAUGACUCAACCUACUGAUCUUCUUAUGUGUCAUGUUAAACGCAUCCUUACCUAUUCCCAGGGUUCAAUGGUUGUUAUAGGUUUUUGUGAAGCAGAUUGGGCCGGUGAUCCUAACACUCGAAGAUCUACCACAGGUUAUGUUGUCUUUCUUGGGCACAAUCCUAUAUCAUGGUCUUCCAAGAAACAGGCCUCAGUUUCUCGUAGUUCUACCGAAGCAGAAUACAAAGCCUUAGCUCACUGUGCAGCUGACAUUUUUUGGAUCAGACAGUUAUUACGUGAUCUGCAUAUCUCUAUUCUAGAAGCUCCAAUUCUACAUAGCGAUAAUCUCUCUACCUUAGCUCUCAGUGCCAACCCAGUUCUCCAUUCCCGUAUCAAACAUCUGGAGAUAGAUUAUCAUUUUAUUCGAGAGAAAGUUCAAAGCAAAGAUCUCGUCAUUCAAUAUGUGCCAACUGAUGAACAAGUUGCUGACAUUCUCACAAAAGGCUUGCACAGUCCUCUCUUUCACAAUCAUUGUUCCAAUCUCACAAAAGGCUUACAGCUGGCAUUGUAA